AAUGCCAAACCUGCUUGUUCUGAUCCUGACACCCUCCGCUGUGCUGGUGCUGGUGCUGGUUUUGGGCAUCAUCAUCAUCAGAUGCAGGAUGAGAAGAGCAUCGUCGGAGAAGAGCAGAGCAGCCUGGGCCAUGGAGAGGAAGAGGGACAAGGACCUCCAGGUCACUGCAAACGGGGAGCAAGCAGCCACUUCCAAUAACAUCUACGUGAACAGGGAGUGGGAGCUCAGCUCACCUGAGGAUGACUAUGAGAACAGCCCAGCCAAGUGGCAGCGGGACGAUGGGGUAUUGCCGGGCUGGGGCUGGCUCCUUCUCCCAGUUUGCCAGGCUCCGGUUGUCCCCAGGGAGGUCAGUGCCCAGGCGGGGCAGAUGCUUUCCCUCCACCGCUGGUACCCGCGGGGCUACGAGGGCAACUGCAAGUACUGGUGCGGGGGGGCCAGCCGGGACUCCUGCCGCAAGGUGGUGGAGGCGGCAAGCAGGGAAGUGGUCCAGCAGCACGGCCGGGUCUCCAUCCAGGACAACCACAUCUUCUGCGUGGUCCUGCUCACCAUGAAGGAUGUCUGCGAGGUGGAUGCUGGGAGGUACUGGUGCGGGGUCGAGAGGACAGGCAGGGACCUGAUGGAGCUGGUGACAGUGAGGGUGGUCCCGGGCAGGAUGGUGGAGCUGCCGGUUACAGGCAGCAGCGAGCACUAA